GGAGUAGCAAGCCGCACAGCAGCGGCACGUUGAUGGGCACGCCUUCCAGGGGCACUCGCUGAGCUGCUUGACGUGAACUGCCACGUAUUGCAUCCUAGAAAAGCAUACGCCGCGCGCUGCAAACGCGUCUCUUGACCGUGACUGACCAUGGCGGUUCUCUCGCUACCCCUCUCGUUCAACAACUCGUUCUGGUCGCAGGACUACCGGCGGGGACUCGAGGUGCUAUAUGGCAAGUUACAGCAGGGUGUCGCGGAGAAUGAGGAAAUUGUAGCGUUCAUUAGGGCUCGUGCCAAUGCUGAAGCUGCGUUGGCGGAGUCGCUGACAGCCCCCAUGCCCACAGGCAAUAAGGGCACGGGAUUCGACGCCGACGAUGGAGCUUCCCUCCUUAUGGCCUUCCGUGGACUGCAGUCCGAAUCCAUUGCUCAGGGUAAAGUGCACGAGACUAUUGCAAAGGAGUUGGACAACCUCGUCGCUGAGCCAUUUGACGAAUGGGCAAAGGGCUAUAAGGAGAGACUGCGGCAGAACAGAGCAACUGUAGUGGACGGCUGGUUGCGUUCCUACGAGCAUGCACAAGCUGAUGUGAUCAAGCUCAAGAAUCAAUAUCUGUCCAAAAUGCGCCGCGCUGACGAGGCCGAGGACGACGCGAGGUUUGCCCCGACUGGCGAGCACGUAGACAAGUAUACUACAUCUCCCCGGCUGGGACCGAGGGACUCGCAUCGUGCGCCCCCUCAGAGGACCGCCAGCGUCUCCGAACGGAUCGCCCAGCGCCUCAAGGAGAUACAACGACGAAGCGCGGGUAGCGCAACAGGCCGCCAAGAGUCCAACUUCGUCAACGCCUCGGACGCCUCGGCUGAAGAGAAAGGCGACGCUGCGGCCGAGAACGACGAGCAGCCUUCCGCCCCGAAAGUUGACAAGGGCAAGGGCAAGGAGGUCGAUACCUCUGCUCAUGUGACCGCCUCUCCGCCGCGAAUCGCGUCCCCUCCCCCACUGUCGCCGCCUCUGCCACCGUCUCAUCUGCCCGCGGACAUUCACAUCCCACCGCCCGGCUCGCCUAUGCCGCCGCCCCCGCCUUCGCCGAUCGUUCUGGCGGGCCUGUCCCUUCCUCCGUCGGCCAUUUCGGGUCUACUGACUCGCGCCGCGGCGUCGAUGCCCCUGCGCCCGGUCCGGUUCCCCAUCCUGGGCGAGUAUCCGGACUGUUUCACGGGUGAGGAGUUCGUUAGCUGGCUGGUAGAUAACGUGGAGGGCUUUGGAGGCAGUCUGGAUAAGGCAGAAGACGCCGCCAAGGAGCUUACUGAGCGGGAGGGUUUGCUCAGGCGGAUUGGAGAGUUCGGGAACACGUUCGAGAACUCUGAUGAGGCGUUCUACCAGUUCAGACAGAAGGCAUUUGAACUGGGAGCAACGCAGUCCCAGCCUCAAGCUGCCUCUCCCAUCACAAGCCCGAGGAACUUGGCGCCCAUCGCGGAGGGCCUCGUCAAACGCGGCGGCAACUUCGUGAACCUUGUCCAGAAGGCGUUGAACGCGAAUGCGAACGGCGCCGCCGAGCCUGCGUUCGUUAAGCUGCGCCGCGACGCGGAGGCUGCCGACAAGGAGUACCGGAUUUCGGUGCGGAAGCUGGACCGGCAGAGGUUGGCGCUCGAGGAGAAGAUCGAGGAGACGCUGAAGAUGCUGCAGAGGUGGGAGGGCGAUAGGCUGAGGGCUGUGAAGACGGUGCUGCUGCAAUACCAGGGCACGCUUUCGAACAUGCCCAAGGCCUUGGACUCCUCUUUGGAGCGCUCGGCUACUCUCAUAGCUGCGUACCAGCCGGAGUCUGACUUGAGCGCCCUCAUCGAGCGCUACCGCACUGGUCCUUUCCGCCCGCAUCCGCAGAUAUACGAGUCUGUAUCGCGCGACGAGUCAGACGUUGUGUUCGGCAUUGACCUGCGGAAGUGGGCAGAAGGUGGGUGGGAUGUUAUCAACUCGGGUGAGGAGAAGAAGGAUUCGGAGUUGGUGCCUCCCGUGCUGUCGGCCAUGCUCAAGGCAUUGGGAAAGGCUUAUGAGAUGUUACCGAACGACGCGGAGAAGAGGAAGGCGUGGAUUUACGAGGUUCCCUUGGUUGCGGUUCAUCAUCUGAGGGAGAGUCUGAACGCUGUUCUCCCUGACCAAGCCAUUCCGGAGGAGCUGUUCAGGAGCUAUGAUGUCCCUGUUAUUGCGAGUUGCGUGAAACUGUGGAUGCUGGAGCUGGACCCACCACUUGGAUUGUGGGAAGGAUGGGACGAGUUCAGGAAGAUAUAUCCUACAGUUGGCCACUCGGCUAAGGAGGAUGGUCAAGUAAGCCCGGAGCAACAUAUGCAAGAACUCCAAGCUGCCUUGUUGAGGUUGCCCCGGGUGCACCUUUACGUCCUUGACUCGGUUGUCGGGCAUCUUAGGAACUUGAUCGAUUCGACCACAACGGAUGAAACCAACGAGGUGUACGUGACGAAGUUGGCUCUCACUAUGGGGAGAACUGUGCUCCGGCCCAAGUUCGAGACCGACGUAUCCAUCCAAGACCGUCACCCUACUCUCCUCUUCAUGGAUUUGGUCAACCAUUACUCUGAGAUCUUGCCGCCGACCAUCACAAAGAAGAAGCGCGAGUCUGAGAGGAAGAUACCUUUGCGGAAGCGGACCGCACCUAUCGAUAUGCGCAUGAGCAGAAGCAGGAUUUCAGUCAGUGGAAACGCCUCGGAGUUGUUACAACGAGCGAAGAAGCAAGCGGAAGCACUACCCGCUGUGCCUCCUGUCGAGAAGGCUGCAAGCCCCCCGCCUGUGCCUGAACCAAUUUCCAAGCCAGUGGCGCCUCCGAGCGUGCCGGUUCCCGCACCCAGCGACACGUCCGAGACCGCUAGUACGGUUACGGCGGAGACGCAUGCAACGUCUGUUGAAGAACCGGACGUCCCUCCGAGGCCAAAUUUCAAGGAGCCACCUCCGGAAGAUGACGACCUACCACCGCGACCAAACUUCAAGGAGCCGCCGCCCGAGGAUGACGAGGUGCCUCCGAGGCCCAACUUCGCCGACCCUCCACCCGAGGACGAGGAGAAGGUCCCCUCAGCUGCUGUGAUUGAUGCCACUUCUCCGACUAAGCCCGCAUCCCCACAAAUCCCGUCGCCUGAUAGGGAGACCCCGCCGAUGACGUCCAGGACUGCAUCUCCAGAGGACCAGCCUAUCAACGGCGGCAAGGUUUCGCUGUCGCGGACCACGUCGAGCGAUGCGAGUCGUGUCCGAGGCCCACGGACGUCUCGAGGCCCCAGAACGCAAGGGGGAAACGUGAGCAGCAUUGUCUCGAAUCUCAAUCGCAAAUCGGUGAGUUCACCGACGAGCCCUGGGUUCAAGCCGAGGUCGCCAGGGUCGCCCUCCCGCCCGUCAUCGGUGGCUAGUGACCGUCGCAACAGUAUUCGCCGGUCUGGUGCGUUUACUAGGAGAAACAUCGGAAGCGAUGCUGAAGACGAGAGUCGGAAGUAAUAUGAGUGCUGCAUGACAGAAUGAUAUAUGAGACUUGACUCGGUCUCUACGGACACGCUUUGCCUAUGUAACUUAAGUCUGCUCGUUAUGGUAGCACACUAUGCAGCCUGACGCGACUAUGUCAGGCUCAUUUUGUUUAGAUCUACGCGGAAUUCAUUGGAUAUUGCAGCCAUUUGCAGAUCGAUGGGCCCAUUUUUUG